CUGGUUAACUUAAUGGAAGUGUGGAGCAACCACAAUCUAAAAGUUUGCGUCUUUACUGGUAUUGCGGUUGCGUUACAUCGAAUAAACCACUUCCCUUUCCGAUAGUAUACCAUCUCUCAGGCGUGUCGAAAACUACUGUUAGACAUAGUAUUCCAUGCUUUAGGAACAAUAGCAAUCUGCCUAGUAUCGGUAGAGUACACGGCACUAUUGCAUUGGCUCGCUUGUGUUAGGUAAUGCAAAUUGCAUGUCGCGAUUGACUCUCCAAACCCUAACAAAUCCGGCUUCUUAUUGUGACGUUGGCUUGAAAGGUAUCAAUAUAAGAUACGAACAGUAGCUGAGCUUCAUCUCUGAUUGUUGAAGUCGCCAUCAGCUUGUAGUAUUGAAGACAAGUGUGUAAACUCGCCUUAUUUCGCAUGCGGGCAUUAUCCCGCCGCUUCAAUGGCACUUUAAAUGACAUCGUCAGGACGGAGAGCAUUGCUUAAUGUUAAAAGGCGACUCUUCAAGUGUGCUCAGGUUUGAAAAAUUUUCUACAAAAUGUUGUCUCGAAGGGUCGGCCAUCUUCUUGAACCUCAUGAAGUUAACGAUACAACCCGGACUGCUACUGCACUCCGGUUAGCGAAUGAGGAGAUCGCCGAUAUACUGAAGCUUUUAGUUGUAUCAGACUACGAUGGAGCGGCUGAAUUAGUUGAACGACAACUUCCAGGGACAGCUCACAAAACUAACCUAGACGUCCCCAUGGGAAAUCAAUUCAUGAGAAAUAAGCAUACUGAUUCUACGUACUCUUUGAGAGCGCCUAACAUAAUUAAGGGGUCCGUCAAAGAAGACUCUGCUAGAAAAAAGUUAAACUCUUCUCCUAAGGGAAGCGAAAACUACGAAAAGAGAGUAGGAUGCCAAGUCCCAGGACAGGGAAACGGGAAAAUGUCAUGUCACCCACAGGUUAAGUCUGCUAAUUAUAAAAAGCUGGAGAUCCAUCAGAUUAUCCAUUCCAAUAGCACUACGGAUAAUACACGAGCAAGUAAAAAAAAAAUCAGGAGAUUGAAAAAACAUCGACGGGAUCCCAAGACAACCUUUAAAGGUAUAUCUAAGUUGGAAAAAGGGGCGCGUUUUAUAACGAGAAGCCAUUUCAAAGAAAAGAUGUUCUGUUGUACCAACGUAUUAGCUUUUACGAAAAACGUACCCGAUGCUACAAACGGAAGCAUGCAUGAAAAGACAGGGAAAAAUUGUACGCCCACUGUCAGACUCCGUGGUGGAAUACUAUAUCAAGACCGAAAUUUAGUUCAAGCUCCAAGAUGUGAUGAGCGUAUGACAAAAAUUUAUCACAAACACGGCGGUGUUGGUGCUAGUGGUGACAGGUUCUCAAUGUCGUCAUCGCCAUUGCCAUCUGGACGGCCUAACUUAUUAGAACUGUGUAACAGCCCCGGUAGUGAUCUACCCAAGCUUCGUUGCUAUUGCAACGACUGCACAACAUCUAACUACACGUGUGAAACAAAUGGCGUUUGUUUCGCAGGGACGAAAAGGGUAGACGGUGAUAAAUACGAGUUCUACUACAGAUGUCUCGACAAGCCGAGAAUGUUUCCCGGAGAAGAUUACAUUAGUCAGUGUAAUAGGACGAGUACGGCCAACCAGUUCGAUACGCGUUUAUCAUCGACCCCAGCACAUUCUAUACGGGGACAACUCAAGCUUGGGCACAAACAUGACUUCGUUCCAGAGGAAUCGAACUGGUGCUGCGACUCAGAAGAGAUGUGUAACCGCAAGCUCUCUCCUGAAAAGGCGCUUCAACCCAUUGGCAUGAAAGGCCCAGUACCGACUAGCCCAUCAUAUUCGGCCAACGCGACUCUAUGGCUGGCAGGGGGAAUACUGUCUGUGGCCCUGGCGGUCCUUGUGGUUCUUAGCCUCACUGUUUAUUACUCCAGACGUCGGAAGGAUCGUGAUAUGCUUGAGCGGGCGGAAGGUGGUGAGAGCGAGCCAAUGAUUUUACCACCAGGUAGCAUUCGAGACCUAUUGGAUAUGACUACCUCCGGAUCGGGGUCGGGUCUGCCGCUGCUCGUUCAGAGAUCUAUUGCCCGACAGAUCACCCUCUUAGAGACCAUCGGGAAGGGAAGAUUCGGUGAAGUUUGGCGAGGUCGAUGGCGUAGUGAGAACGUGGCAGUUAAAAUUUUUUCGACGCGUGAUGAGCGGUCCUGGUUCCGUGAAGUAGAAAUUUAUCAAACAGUGAUGCUGCGGCACGACAACAUUCUUGGCUUCAUCGCUGCUGAUAACAAGGACAAUGGGACAUGGACGCAACUAUGGUUGGUCACCGAUUUCCAUGAAAAGGGCUCUCUUUUCGACUACCUCAUGGAACAUACUGUGGAUCCAUAUACGCUUUCAAAAAUGGCAUUAACCAUUGCGAACGGUAUUUCGCAUCUACAUAUGGAAAUCGUCGGGACCCAAGGCAAGCCAGCUAUCGCGCAUAGAGACAUCAAGUCGCGCAAUGUUCUUGUCAAAAGCGAUUUAACCUGUGCUAUUGCUGAUCUUGGCUUGGCUGUGCGUUACGAUUCGGCUACACGUUCCAUCGACAUCCCGCCCAAUAGCCACGUGGGCACAAAGAGGUAUCUGUCUCCAGAGAUCUUGGAUGGAACAAUGGCCGUGCACCAAUUUGACUCGUUCAAACGGGCAGAUAUGUACGCUCUUGGUCUCGUGUUGUGGGAACUUUGUCGGCGAUGCUCCCUUAUAGCAGACGAGUAUCAACUCCCGUACUUCGAUGUCGUAGCGCCAGAUCCGUCUAUAGAGGAAAUGAAGCAUAUCGUCUGCGACAAAAAGUUACGUCCUACGAUUCCCGAGUCAUGGCACACAGCUUGCCCGGAAUUGGUCGCGCUAAGUCGAAUCAUGGCUGAAUGCUGGUAUGAGAACCCAGCGGCAAGGUUAACGGCACUUCGGGUGAAGAAAACCGUGUCAGCCGUUGGCAUCGAGCGAUCGAGUCAAUCGGAUUCGUCGAGUGAUGUUAAGGCAUGAGGCAUUAGUGACGCGCAAAUUGCUAUAUAUGGCGUUUAGGAACGAUUGUGAAAGAUCACCACUCAUUUAAAAAAACAUUUUCUGGGAACGCAGUUCUAGUGGCAUUGUACAGAACGGUAAGAAAAAUUAGCGUGGGGCACAAACAUUUGUCUUGCACUCAAGCAUUCAAAAAGAGUAGGGAGACCAGGGUCUUUAAUAGGCGAUAAGCACAAUUUAAUACUACUACUGUUACAGUAAGGAAUCACAGAUAAGAAAAUGAUGUAGGUAACGUUACCGGCCAAAGAACUUCACUACGAAGCGAGGUAAGGCCUAAUGAUGCCGUUCAAUGAACGUUGCUUUUAAUGAUAAAAUCGAUUUCGAUGAUGUAGAUGAAGCGUGCGUGUGUGUGUGUAUGUGCGCGAAUGAUAGACGUUAUGAAGUGCAAAUUCAUUUUAAAAAAGGCCAUAUUAAAAAGUACUUAACUCUGUCCAUAUGUAGGUCUACUCUGUGUAAGUUUAUUAGUGAGUGUAUUAUAUUGAGUAUUUUUUUAUAAUAAAGUGUACCAAAAAAGAUACCAGAAAUCAUUAGAUUCUAAAAGUUCAUCUAUUUCCUCUUUCUGCUACAUGUCGCUCUUAAAGGAAUCACCAUUUGCUUCCCUUAAAAAAUAUCCUUCCCACCUUGUUCAUUACCUGUUCGGGAGCUUGGAAUGUUUUGCUUUACAACUGUGACGAGACCAACUGCUAAAAUACCUUUGUGGGCAAUUUUUCGAUAAUCUCUAACGUGAACAUUUUCACAGACAUUCACCGCGCAAUUUACGGUUAUUAAUAAGCUAAAUAUUAAAAUGCAAACAGAUUGUAUGAGCGAUAUGUUUAGCUUAUGAACUCUAAAAGGGGCGGUCAUUUAUAGGAUUAGCUUAAUAGACAUAUAUAUAGGCGGAGAUUUAAGUACAUCCAAAACGUCUGAUGUGGAAAAGUCUUAUUUUGAAUGAAUUUGCCCAUAGAUAUUACUAUAUCAAAUACAAAAAAGUCACCAAAGAAGACUAUUAAACCAUACAGAGUGUAUAAUUUAUAACUAUAAAUCCGAUUAGUCUGCGAGACGGAUAAUUUAGACUCCUGCAGUGGUGCAGUCUCCAACCCGCGGCGAGCACAUGACAGAAAUUUUGGUUUCGCUUCCCACGCAUGUUAAUAUUAUUCUUAUAUAUUGUUUAAUAAGUGAGUAUGGAUGAGCGUUUGAAAAACUAAGUCGACCUACGGUAUUUAGUCGAGCUAAAGAUUGUUAUAGCUUCGUUUGCAACCAUCCAACUAUUAAAUUUUAAGGUCGGGAGAUAUUUUAUCGAAGAAGCUACACUCCAAUUAAAAAUAGAUAAAAGUGAUUACAGAAAAUACUCAACUCUUUGAAACGAAGCAUUUAUCAUGACGUUGUCUUUUGGUGGAGACAUUUAUUACCAACAUACUACGGUACCGUACAGCAGCGGCUGUUACUACAUAAUAGCGAAAUCCUUCUCCUAUAGAUUUUCUUUGCGACUCGCCCGCUUAACAAGUGCACAUUUUGGCUGUUUGUGAAUAUUUUCGUCAGUCAGUCAUUUUGCAGUUUAGUAUUUCUUUAUUAAGUGUUGUCGUGCGGCGGUAACUCUUCUGCAGCUAAUUUCUAUUUUGACUUUGUACAAAGUUAGAAGCUGUGUAUCAGCACAAAAGAAUGAAAACAGGGCGCGAUGUUGUUAGGGUUCUAAGGAAAUAUUGGGCCUUUAUUGAUAGUGACGCGAAGUUUCGUACGACAAAAAGAUUCCUUCUGAGUGCCUAUCCUUUUCAAGCUUCAGCGUCAGCAUACAAAGGUUGCUUUCAUUACUAAAUGGCAGUUCGUAACACUGAAUCAACUGUACCAAGUAUUGUACAUACUCAUGUUCUGCAACGGUAAUAUUAUUAUUCAUAAUAAUAGGUAUGACAAAAUGACACCGACGCUACUCAGUUGUCGGAGAACCCUCUUAUCUUGUAUCUCACAUCUAUCUGCGUAAGUGUAUGUCCUGUUAAGUAAUGCAUCUUCUACACAUACCUGACUGGCUGUAGCCAUUUUUGUUCGUCUGAAGGGCAAAUUAUACAGUGGGUUACUUCAUCAUUCAUCGAAUGCCUAUUUCACCAUGUUGUGGUUUUAAAAAUUGUCUAAAUUGUACCUUUUUGUACUAAAUGAAUGAUUGCUUUUACUCUAGAUUAUUUGUAGAUAAUCUGUUAAAAACGGAAGUAAUGUUAACAUAUAGGACAAAUUUCCUACAUAUUUCACCUUGGAUCUUUAGCAGAUGCUGAAGUUCUAAAUGCAAACUAUAUCUGCAAAUGUGGCAAAAAGGCCUUAAUUUUUUUACGAGUUUAUAAUAAUACCACCAUUAAUGGCUGCCAAAAUAAGGAGUAUUAAGAAGGAAAUUGGUCGAUUUGACAGUUUGUGCAUACAUUUGUCAAGACAGUCUUCUAAUUUCCAUUUUUAUACAGACAGUACUAAAUUGCUAGAAAUGCAUAUGCAACAUAUUUACCAAAGUUUUUUUAGUUAUGUUAAUAUACAUUCAAGUAAGUUGAAAGUUUUUGAAGGAAAGUAAGACCACAUGUCUUUAGAUUGGUUUGUCAAUAGACGUGCUCUCGAAGUUUUUUGUAUUACUCAGGUUAGGAGAAAAAAUCAGAUUCAGCGAAGAAAAAUAAAAUAAAAGAAAUAAUUAGCUGUACGUUAAGGAUGCUAAAGAUUAUAGAGUCGGCUUCUGCUCAUUUCUUAGCAUAUCUGUUUGUUUUUAACUUAAUUAUUUGUCAUUUUACACUAAAGAUACAUUAGCGUGAGGGAAUCAAAUUUCAUAUUUUUUUUAUCUGGAUAGUGCUACAAACUCACCGAGGUUCAAUAUCAAUUACAUGAAAAUAUGCUGACAAAAUAAUCCAACUCAGUUUUCCGAUUUGAUAUUAAGUUAACAUCUUACCUGCAAAAUCUUUUCUAUAUAAAGCAUUUAGCACUUUCUCGUGCGCCUAGAUAACAGGUGAGGAGAGAAAUGCUUUAUCAAUAGACGGAAUUCGAAGUUUCAAAAUAUAGGUAAACCGUUUUUAUAAACAUAUAUACCUAUAUACUGACAUCAUCUGUAUUAGCCACAGCGCUAACAAAAAACCUUGUUACUUCGCCUAUAUCGUGUGGACCUGUAAAUAUAAUCCAAAUUCGUAUAUGAAACUAGGUACAUACAAUAGUGAGGGGUAAGCAGCUCAGUAAACCAUCAGUCCAUCCUCGAAACUUAUUCGUACAAAAAAGGUUAAGUUAUUGUUAUCUUGAUCGUACUGCUUGUGAUUGCGAUGAUGACGCGUCUGAAUGUUGAGAACACAGAGGAUUUUUGGAAAAAAAAUAAGAACGUCGGCGCGAGGACUUCGGAUGGCAAUUUUCGCGUCCAGUUGCCUUUAUCCAAUACCAGAAACUGCUACACGUGACUUCUUUAGCGUUCUGGAAUAUGUAAGCUUAUAUGGUCAUAAUUUGUUAAUGAAGUAUUGCCUGCCAGAAAUAUAUCUUACAUGUAUCGUUCGACGUAAAGUUACUUGAUAAAUUGGUGAAGGCGUAUAUGGCGGUCAUCUAGGAGGCGUUGUAGACGGAUCGGUUGUCAAUCUAGACAUCGGCUUGGAACCAAACUAAUUAACUGACCGACGUUACAGGAAA